UUUAUUGUCUAUGAUAUCUCGUUUUGGCGCACGCGGAAGUGGCUUUGCUUGCAUUUCCUUUUCCUAAAAAAUUUCAAAUAAUAUUCUAAAGUUUUUAAACAAUAUUUUCGGGCUUAAAAUAAAAAUACUUUCAAUAGAUCACCGACAUUUUUAGAAGUCUUGUGCAGUGGGUGUUAUAUCACUGUCCCCAAUGGAAGUGGCGGACUUAAAUGAUUUGCUUAAUGUUAGAAGUAUUAAAAUGGAAACUGGCGAUAGUACAUUUGUUGACGCUGAAUGCGCGGAAACUUCGGAUCCGCUUUCGCUAAUACCACAAUAUGUGACCGAAUCCGAUUUAGGGUUGAUGCAAACUGGCACUGAGAUACUGGGUGCACCGCUUACUGUGUUUACUGAUGCUCCGGACGAUGAUGAUACCAUGCAAAGCACUGAUUCCAGCGAAGAAGUAAUAGUUCAACUGAUGGACAUAAGGACAAGGCUUUCCCGUCUCCGUGCCAUGCUUGAGAGGAGGCUCAAUACUGACUUAUCAGAGUAUACUUUCUGGCUUCAGGAUGCUAAGAUGCUCGAAAACCAUAAGACGUUGGUGGAGCAAUGUAUCCGAGGGUCUGGAGUGGUGCAGGUCAACAUUCAGAUCCGAGCGUCACAGAAGAAGAUCAACAUCAUGGAUGUGCUGAAGCCUGACGAGGAACUGCUCCAACUACCUCAGGAGGAAGAGCAAGUGGAAGAAAUUCUGCCAGAGCCACAGGCAAUAGAGGUGGAUACGGUGCAAGAUAUUCCUCACGCGGCCGCCGUCAAAUGGGUGGUGGACUCCAACUUCAGAAACGACAACAGCCGAGCCAGAAUACCUGACGACCCUGCUCUGUGGUCGGUGCAGCACGUGAAGCUGUGGAUCCAGUGGGCGGUGCGCCAGUUCAACCUCACCGGCAUCAAGCUGUCCGACUGGAACAUCAGCGGCGUGGAGCUCUGCGCCAUCAACAACAUCGACUUCAAACAAAAAGUACCGUCAGAUCCGGGAGAUUUGUUUUGGACACAUUUUGAACUGUUGCGAAAAUGCAAAUUCAUAGCAGUAAUACAAAGCGAAGAACCUGUCAUGAAAGAGGAACUGGACUUGCCACAGUCUGCUAUCAAAAAGAAGCCCAAAUUGAUAAUCCGCCAGUCGUCGGAUGACGAAGGCGGUCAGUACUACACGUCGCGCAACGGCAACAACGGCCAGAUACAACUUUGGCAGUUCCUGCUGGAACUGCUCACCAGCGCCGAGUACUUCGACGUCAUCAGGUGGCAUGGCACAGACGGAGAGUUCAAACUUCUGGAACCGGAGAGAGUGGCCCGGUUGUGGGGAAAGAGGAAACACAAACCAGCGAUGAACUAUGAGAAGCUAUCCAGGGCCCUCCGGUACUAUUACGACGGGGACAUGAUAUCCAAAGUUGCGGGAAAAAGGUUCGUAUACAAAUACGUGUGUGAUCUGCGACAGUUGCUAGGCUACGGCGCGGGCGAGCUCGCGGAGUUGGUCAAAGAAGUCCACGACUCCAUGUAGCUGUGAUAACUACCUGUUUGUGUGAGCAUCACACUUCUGUCUUUAUGCGGUUGACGUUACCUUAUUACCAAUUUAAGGUCGUAGCAUACGUUGCGUGUUUACGGGCGGGACGUUUUGGAAAUAUCGUUUUGUGCGAAAGUGACAGCGACGCGCGGACGGGACGGGACGGGACGACGAGAUAUGGAAAUAUCGUUUAAUAUUAAUGUGACGUAUUAUUAUUGGCGUAUCUAGGAUUAUUUCCUAGGGUGGGCCCUUAAGGAGCCAGCUACUUACCGCUGAACAGAGUUGACACUCAUUAUAGUAGAGGAGCCGAAGAGGGGAUUUUUGCAGUUACUCGAGCGCGGCAGAUAAACAUAAGGGACUAUACCUUACACUUCGUCGAGUACCUCCACCGAGUAUGAGCCCUUAAUAUUGGUGGGUACGUUUAGGGCAACCAAAAAAAAAACUAACUUUAUAAAAACUCAAUCAGCAUAUCAGAUUAAGAUAAGGUAAGUGAGUUGAUAGCUAAAAACUGCACAUUUCGAAAAUCUGACGAUUUGAGCGUAACGUAAUGGAAUGGGAGGGUUUCAAAGUUACAAAAUUAAACCCUUAUAUUUUAGUGCUCAAGGUACGAGUGCGAUUAUUUUUUUACUUAUUUUUAAGGAAAUAAUCUCCUAAUUAAUCGCAAAAAUUUUCUUACAAUUUCAGUAAGCCAAAGUAAUAAAAAUUGUUUUUAAAGUCUGUAGUUUUUUUUUCCACCGCUAAAAGCGGAAAAAGUAAAUAACCAUUUAUUCUUCCUAUAAUUUAAUCUACCAAAUGUAAUCGGUCUCAAUGACGCUCGAGUAACUGCAAAUUUAGCAUCCCGGGCUCCCCUACUAUUAUAGAAAUGUCGUUUACAAUGUCUGUGGACGCUGGCCUCUGAAACGGGUCGACUGAUUUUAUUGACUAUUCUUUGUAUAUUUUGUAUUUUGGCGUCCAUCAUAGAAUUUUAAAUCGAUAGCCUAGUUCUAGAGUGGUUACUGGACCAUUCUAGCCCACCCGCUAUAUACGCCUAUGCGUGUUAUGCGACACUACGUCCCGUUGACGUCCCGUCUACGCCCUAAGUCCGCCGUGCAGUGAUGUAAUGAUGUUAGGGCCGGUGCACACCUAGCGGGCGUAUGAGCUCAAUGAAACACACGUUAGGCAUGUAAGUGGUGAUCUUGGCAGUUUAUCAUCAUGUUCACUGCGCAGCCAUACCCUUCAUUUUUAGGGAACCACAAGUUUGGCGAGAGUUAGCCUUCAUUCGCACGAGAGUUUUUUUAACGGACGUUAAAAAAGCGUUCAAAUUUAAACAAACGAACGCAUUCCCUAGUAUAUGUUCACGCGUCAACGUUUUAAAAACAGCUUUUUUUAUAGAGCUGCGUUGCAUUUUCAGUUUUGAGUAAUCGUGGUGUUGGAAAUAGACCUAUAUUUCUAAUACCACACAACGUUAUUUUCUACUUCAUACCAUACUCUACGCUCGCAAACGCUGGGUUUUAACGCAUCGCUUUUUUAACUCUCGUGCGAAUGAGGCCUUAUAGGUGUAUUCAGUGGCGUGAAUUUCAUAGUAGCGAAAAUGCAUUGCCUACCCUGAUGACUCAGUGUCUGUGUUGUAAAAACAAUUUCCAUUUAUUACAAUUUAUAUGUAUCUAUAGUGUUACUACCCUAGUUAAAAACCUUGUGCGCGCCACUGGUUGUAUAUAAAUAUAGUAACUAUACUAAAGCCACACUCGAGGUGUAAUAAACACAUUUAUAAUGAAGGUAGAAAAGAAAUGUCAUUUCAUACCUAAUUUAAUUUCAAUUAUGUACUCACUUAUUGUAUUUUUUUUUAUAAAAUUUUACUCAAAAUAUAUUAACUAUAUUUAUUUGUUAUAGGCUUAAUCAAAGGAGAUGGUCCAAAAUUGUAUAAAGCCCAGGAUCAGUCAUUGUACCCUGGCGGAAAUAAAAGAAAAUAUUUUUUUCAACUAUUUUUGAUUAUACAAAUCUACGGAUUCACUUUAAUUCUUUCGAAAUAAUUUUCAUUAUCUCCCAAGAAAUGCAACAAUAUAUAUUAAGGGUAGUAAUACCGGAUUGAUGACGUUUUCAAUGCAGUAAUCGAUUUGACGUUUGCUGUCAACUGUCACGUCAUAGUUGCUUUAUGGGCGCCAUCUUGAUUUAUCUCAAAAACUUUAUUUAUUUCUUUUUAUUUAAUUACAUUCACUUUAAUAAAUUUUAAUAGGAUCCUUGUAUUUUUGAAAUUUUAAAGGUACGGGGUACAAGAGUGGACCAAAAAUGGACCAUCUCCUUUAUUGUUAUUAAUUUAGGAUCAAGGCAAUUUAAUUUAUUAGGUUUAUUAAGUAAUUUAGUAUAUUAAUUUUUAAUUUGUUUGUUGAUAAACAUUGCACAGAGAGUUUGGCUUUAGCAUAGUAAUAAUACUAAUACUAAUACUAAGUAUCUACGCCAUAUUCUAUUUAAGCUCUAAAGAUGUAUGAUGUUAUGUACAAAAUAAAGUCUAUGUAUGGUUUUA